AUGGCCAUGGGUGCAAACUCUAAAUUUGAUCUCUAUGUAGCAUUUAUUUUUGUGAGUAUUGCUUUCACUUUGAAUGUUAAUGCUGGCCAUGGAGGGUAUGCUGAAGAAAGCAACUUUGGUGGUCCUCGUGGGUGGAGAUAUGAUAAUGGUGGCACUAUUGAUGAUUGUUCUUUUGGAAGUUGGAGGAGAUGUAAGAGUUUUGGAAGGGGUGCUAGAAGUUUUGGCGUGGGGCGUAGAGGAGGAGGAGGAGGAGGGUCUGGUAAUGGUGGAGGCCAUGCAGGUGAUGGUGGUAGUGGUGCUAAAGGAAGUGGGUCAGGUCACGGUGAAGGUUAUGGAGUUGGUGGUGAUAUAGAUGGUAGUGGUGGUGUUGGGGGAGGAGGAGGAGGUGGUGGCGGUGGAGGUGGUGGCGGUGGUGGAGAAGGUGGAGGCCUUGGAGGAAGUUUAGGACAUGGAGGUGGAUCUGGUGCAGGUGCUGGUUCUAGUGGUGGUAACGAUGAAGGGAGUGGACGUUCUGGAGGAGGGGUAGGGAUAGGAGGCUUUGGAGGAGGAGGAGGAGGAGGUGGUGGUGGUGGAGGUGGUGCUAGGGGUGAAGGAUCAAGUCAUGGUAAUGGAUAUGGCUCGGGUGCAGGAAUCGGGAUAGGAGGCGCUGGAGGAGGAGGAGGUGGUGGCGGCGGUGGUGGCAGCAACGAUAGUAGUAGUUUUGGUGGAGGGUCUGGACAUGGUAGUGGUUUUGGUUUUGGUUUUGGUGUAGGUGUUGGCGGAAUUGGAGGAGGUGGUGGUGGCGGGGGUGGGGGGGGUGGUGAAGGAGAGGGACAUGGACAUGGUGAGGGUGGUGGCUUUGGUGUUGGCUGGGGUGCAACUGUUGGUUCUAAUAGCGAUAGUGGUGGCAAAGGGGCAGGCACAGGACAAGGUGCUGGCAAAGGCUACGGUGGCACUAAUGGGAUGGGCAUAGGAUUCGGAAUGGGCAUUGGAUUUGGGUUUGGCAUUGGAGGAGGUGGUGGAGGUGAUGAUACCAAUGACAACGGUAAUGGUGAUCCCUAG